AUGGCUGCUAGCAGUUACCCAUUGCAGGACGUCCAUGGCGAAGAGGAUCCAAGCUCGAUAGGGCAAGAGCACCAGGAAGGUCGACGCAGUGGCAAGAAGCUCUGGAAACGGACCAGAUCAGGAUGUCUGAACUGCAGACGGAAGCGACGAAAAUGUGAUGAAAAAAAGCCUACUUGUCACCACUGCCACAGGAGUCGUGAAAAUUGUAGAUGGGGGAUGCGAAUUUCUUUUCGUUCCGAGAACUCGCAAACGGUGCAGAUGCCCGUCAUACAAACUCGGACACCCAGGCGUUUCCGAAUAUUAGACAUCACAUCAGAAGUCAUUCGUGAUUACCAUCAAACUGUACCAGAGGAGGAGGGCUCUCUUAUCCACAAUGAUUUCUCCUGCAGUCCAGGUAAUGAACUGCCUGACUAUGGCGGUGAACGAGAAGAAAGGAGGCGAGUAAGCCAAACAGGAAGAGAAGAGGAUAGAAACAAACGGGGUAUUGCAGCGGAGAAACAAUAUCUCUGGAAGGACUCAGGACAGACUAAAGACUUCUCAACUGGCCGAGCAGAGUCGAGUGUAGAAGCGGAUGGGGGUAUCUCGUCCAGAUAUAACACUGAUCAUUUGUCACGGUCAACUAUCGCAUGCACCAAAGGACAAGUUGCCUGCGAAUCCCCAGAGCAAAUUCGAGGUGUUGAUGGCACCACUGACAGUUUCGCAACAAAUAGCGUGUGGUUAAGACAAGUGCUCCAGCGGGACCAGCUAUCGAUGGACGACGAAUCCGAGUACAGCGCAGUAUACUCUCCCCUAUCACAAACCGUUCAAAGCGGCUAUCACGAUCCACCAAUGUCUUUGACUGACUUUCACGUCCACGAUGGGAUUUUCGUGCCUGGGUCAGAGUACCUUGAGCUUCACUCGACAUUGAGAAACCACCUUAUCCUAGAGGCCAAGUCGAGCGCGCCUACUAGACACUGUACUCCGGUUCAGGGAGAGGAGUUGCAUAUUCCGGUGAAUCAUGCAAGUGCCCGUAUUAAGAUUCCCGAAGAUGAAGAAUUUAUUUUAUGGAAGAAUUGGCUGGAAGAACUCGCACCUUGGUUGGAUAAAUUCGACAACCAAUGUCACUUUCAAAACACUUUAUUGGAUAUGGCUCGCUCUCAUGACCACCUUAGUUAUGCUAUAUUAGCCCUAUCGGCACGUCAGCUGGAGCGAAAGGGCGCUACUACGCAUAAAGAACGAAGUCUAGAGUUGUAUCACCAUGCUAUACAUAUUCUCCUACCACUAUUACCGACGCGCAGUACGGCAGUGAUUGCAUCAUGUGUAGUUCUCUGUGUGUUAGAAAUGCUCAGCUGUGCGCCCAAGGCCUGGCAACGGCAUCUAGACGGCUGCGCAGGGUUGAUGGAAGCUGUUGGAAUGAAUGGCUUCUCCGGAGGACCAGAGCAAGCACUUUUCUGGUGCUUUGCCCGCAUGGAUGUUUGCGGAGGAUUUAUUUCAUGCACCAAGACCCUCAUCCCCGUUGAUCAUUGGGCAACUGGCGACUUUGAUGCGGACGUGCGUCUCUUUCAAUCGGUACCUACGUUCGACAUGUUCGCAAAUUAUAUGGUAUAUCUAUGUGCACAGGUCUUGGAUAUUCUUGCGCCAUGCCAUUACAAAUUCGGACGCAUCGGCGGUCCCCGACAUAAUAACCUUACAGACCGAGAAUUCACAGAGCGUUGGUCCAGGCUAUGGUUCUACGUGCAAGACUGGUAUCUCAAACGCCCAGAAGAGAUGAAAGCUGUGAUGGAAUAUUCCUCGACAAGUAGUGCUUUUCCAAAGAUACUAUUUGCUAAUCCUGCUGCGGUAUCUGGCAAUCAACUAUACCACACUGCUUCAUUGCUCAUGUUACAAGCUCGACCGCCGGGAUUGCGUUUGGAACCAAAGCCACGGUCUCCUCUGUGGCACGCACGCUUGGCGUGUGGUAUCUCCAUCACUAACCAUCACCAUGGAGCAUGGACCAACGCCAUUCAACCAAUCUGGAUUGCAGGGCAAUGGAUGAGUCAUCCAAGAGAACAUCAAGAAAUUUUGGAGCUGUUAGAGCGGAUCGAGAAGGAGAGUGGGUGGCCCACGCAAUGGAGAGCGGAUGGCUUGAAGGAAUUCUGGGGCAUCAUUUAAAUGAAUUAGGAAUGAAGCGCUGAAGUAGCAUUGAGGUCACCAGAAAUAACUACAAAACUCCACAUACUCUAAAGGUGCCUUCCCAUAUAG